AUGGCCUCCGACACAGAUCCAUUCAAUGCGUCAGAGCGCGGUGAACAAGAACCGCUGCUUGGCGCCUCUCAGCGUCCCCUGCUUGAGGACGAACGACCCGUUUCACCAAAGCCCCAGCACGAGGAAGCGACGAGAGACCAAUCUGCGUGGAAGAGAUCCGCGUGGAAAAUCGUGUGGGCUGUUUUGGCGAUUUUUGUACUGGCGAUUUUCAUCAAAGGGUGGAUUGAUGCGAAGGACACUGACUUUGAUCUGAAGGGUGCCCUAAAGAGAGCGCUCGGCGGAGGUCUCAGUGGAGCUGCAGCCAUGGUCUUGCAGGUUUUACUCCUGAUGCCUCUUCGAACUAUUAUGAAUUACCAAUAUCGCCAUGGCUCCUCAUUCCGCCCCGCAACAAAAGAUCUGUAUGAGGAACAAGGUGUAAGGCGUUUCUAUCAAGGCAUCGGGGCCGCUCUUGUCCAAGGCCCUGUUUCCAGGUUUGGUGAUACUGCAGCCAACGCUGGCAUCUUGGCCUUGCUCGAAUCAAAUCCCUAUCUCAACAAAAUGCCAUCACUGAUCAAAACCAUAUUCGCUUCUCUCUGUGCUGCAUGCUUUCGGAUGAUUCUCACACCCAUUGACACGCUCAAGACGACUCUUCAGGCGCAGGGGGCCAGCGGAACAGCCAUAUUACGCCGCCGUAUAAAGACUUACGGGCUCGGAAGUUUAUGGUGGGGAGCUCUCGCAACGGCUGCCGCCACCUUCGUUGGACACUAUCCUUGGUUUGCUACUUACAACCUCUUGACCGAUAUAAUUGCCGAGCCACCGAAACACCCACUUGCCUGGUGGCUAUUGCGCUUGGCCUUCAUCGGAUUCUGUGCGUCAAUCGUCUCAGACUCUGUCUCAAACUCGCUGAGAGUGGUUAAGACGUACCGUCAGGUCAAUGAGACGAAAGUUUCGUACUCGGAAGCAGCGCGGUCGAUCGUUCGUCAAGACGGAAUUGUCGGUCUCUUCGGCCGGGGGCUCAAGACACGUAUUUUGGCCAACGGCAUGCAAGGCUUAAUGUUCUCCAUAUUAUGGAAGCUCUUUUUAGACCUGUGGGAGAAGAAAACUAAAUCCUGA